ACAAUGGUUUCAGCAGUAUAUAUGUACGCGUAAGAAAUAAUCCAAUAGAUUUCAAUCGCGUUAUAAAUAGAUUUCCUCGUGUAUUCUCGCAACACGAGUUGCCUCCUCAUUUUAUCACGCGUGUACUCCAAAUAACAUACAGAAACAAUAUGGACGAGCAAAAACCAGUGAAAUGCCUGUCGGAGUUGGAUGACUUCACGGCCACCCGGAACAUGGACGACUACGCCGACCGACUGUGGCAACAGCGGGUGAAGACGGAGCGCGAGUCGGCGGAGAGCGAUGACGACACCGGAAGUUACUCACCCACCCGCGAGAACUUCUACUACGAUAGCUACUACACUGGGGAACACGACACCUUUCGGGAACAGUUCUCGGAUUACCCAUUGAAACGCUCGUCAGACGACAUUCUGAACUCGCCGACUGCCAGCACACCGGGCGUUGCCAUACCAACAAAGAGGUCACGUGGUCGACCGUACAAAGAGGCGUCCGUGAAGAUCACAUGCCUCAAGCCAGACGACAGACACACCAACACACUUUCAGUGGAUUUUAUCAAACUUCAAGAGGAAGAAUUAGGCAUCCCCAAGAAUGAGCUUGUCGGGGGAUUACGGACGUCGUCCAAGCUUCCGCUAACGUGGUCGGCAGAAGAGUUACGGCGCUACAUCCGGUCGUUGUUCCCAAGGGUACGCACAUUCACAUACAUGAAAUGCACCCAGGGUAAGACGCUGGAUCCACUUCCGGACGACCUGAAGCCGUCAGACCUACGUAACCUCCUCGGCAGAUCCGGCCUCUACAUAUUACCGACGGGGAAUCUUCUACCAAAGGGUACAACCGAACCCACCAGCACAGUCGAUCCUCAAGAAAGCGUGACUUCAUCGGCAGCGAGCGGUCCCAACACGAGCACCGGAAGUGGCUCCGACCAAAGCGCCGCCUCUCCAGGGAAGCAAUACUGGAUCACAGUGAAAGUGGAUGGGGAGCACGUUGUCAACGACGACGAGGAGUUCCGAAUCACGCUGGACGUUUCGAGCUUCAGUCCCGACGAGAUCACGUUGAAGACCAAAAAUAGCCGCGUGGUGGUGCACGCAAAGCACGGGGAACGCAUGGACGCGUAUGGAAUCAUCGAGCGAGAAUUCAAGCGGCAGUAUAUCUUGCCGACUGAUGUUGACCCAAAUGAAGUGACGUCUUCUCUCUCUGCCAAUGGUAUUUUGACCCUCAAAGCUCCAAAAAUCCGCAAAGAUAAUAGCAAGGAAAGAAUAAUUCCCAUCCGCUUCUCCGUUUGAGACUCACGAAAGUCCAAGGGUAAUGACGUCACUGGAAGAGCUUGCGAUACUACCCGUCGAUGACUUCUAUUAUGAUGAGUGGCAUGACGUUACGUUACAGUUGUUUCAGAUGUUGACUCUCUGAUGCCGGCAUGAUAUAGGGCGGAUAUAAUAGAGUCAUGUUCUGAGAAAACUGGGCUUAAUGCAUGUGCGUAAAGUGUCGUCCCAGAUUAGCCUGUGCAGUCCACACAGGCUUAUCAGGGACGACACUUUCCGCCUAAACAAGAUUUUCGGUAAGAAGGGACUUCCUUUAAACGAAAAAUACCAUAAAAGCGGAAAGUGUCGUCCCUGAUUAGCCUGUGCGGACUGCACAGGCUAAUCUGGGGCGACACUUUACGCACAGGCAUUAUGCCCAGUCAUCUAAGAACGCGACUCAAUACUUCUAUCAGUGAUUUGAUAGACCGUCCUCACCGGCCUUACUGCAUCGACUUACUGUUGUUGAUAUUCAUACGUGAAAUAAUCCAUCGAUUACUGUCCUAGACGUCGUGUAAUUAAGUAACUCAGAUUUACCUUUUUGUCAGGACUAAAUAACUUCGAUAACUCAUUAAUAAUGUUAUUUUUUGUUAGCUCACCUGUCACGAAGUCACAUGGUGAGCUUAUGUGACCCUAUGUCCGGCGUCCGUAUGGGCGAGCGUGCGUGCGUGUGUGUGUCCGUCAACAAUUUGUUUGUGUAGACAGUAGAGGUCACAGUUUUCAUCCAAUCUUUAUGAAAUUUGGUCAGAAUGUUAACUUGAUGAAAUCUGGGUUGGGAUUGUAUUUGGGUCAUCUGGGGUCAAAAACUAGGUCACUAUGUCACAUAAUAGGUCAAAUAAUAGAAAAACCUUGUGUAGACAAUAGAGGUCGCUGUUUUCAUCCAAUCUUUAUGAAAUUUUGUCAAGAUGUUUAUCUUGAUGAAAUCUGUGUUUGGAUUUUAUUUGGGUUAUCUGGGAUCAAAAACUAGGUCACUAGGUCAAAAACUAGGUCAAAUAAUAGAAAAACCAUGUGUAGACAAUAGAGGUCGCAGUUUUCAUACAAUCUUUAUGAAAUUUGGUCAGAAUGUUAAUCUUGAUGAAAUUUGGCUUGGGAAUGUAUUUGGGUCAUAUGGGGUCAAAAACUAGGUCACUAGGUCAAAACCAGGUCAAAUAAUAGAAAACCUUGUGUAGACAAUAGAGGUCGCAGUUUUCAUCCAGUCUUUAUGAAAUUUGGUCAGAAUGUUUAUCUUGAUGAAAUCUGGGUUGGGAUUGUAUUUGGGUCAUCUGAGGUCAAAAACGAGGUCACUAGGUCAAAGAAUAGAAAAACGGUCAACAAUUUGUUUGUGUAGACAGAAGGGGUCACAGUUUUCAUCCAAUCUUUAUGAAAUUUGGUCAGAAUGUUUAUCUUGAUAAAAUCUGGGUUGGGAUUGUAUUUGGGUCAUCUGGGGUCCAAAACUAGGUCACUAGGUCAAAAACUAGGUCACAAGGUGAAAUAAUAUAAAAACCUUGUAUAUACAAUAGAGGUCGCACUAUUACAAAGUCAGCCGUGGGAAAAUCUAUUUUAAAACGGAUUGACCUACUGGCAAUCCUUAAUAAGAAAUUUCGGCCAAUCAGCGCCAUCGUUAUAUAAGCGCAUCAACCAAUUAAAACGCCGCUUUUUAACCGCGUUAGGCCUACUCACUGUAUAGCACUGCGUCUUUUUAACGCUUCAUAUAAAGGUUAUAUAUUUUUAAACCAAUAGAUUUUUAUUAAGGCACCGCACCAACACUGCAAAGUUUUAUAUUUAUACCAAUGGUACAGCCCAGUAAAAUCGGGCUGUCCAUUUUAUGGCCGUUUUCGGCUUUUUAUGCAGAGUUCUAUGUUAAGCAGUGUGCUCGGGCAAUGGUUUUUAACCGAAGUCCCGAGGGUAAAUAACCCCAAUAGUCAGUAGAGGUCGCAGUUUUCCUCCAAUCUUUAUGAAAUUUGGUCAGAAUGUUUAUCUUGAUAAAAUCUGGGUUGGGAUUGUAUUUGGGUCAUCUUGGGUCAAAAACUAGGUCACUAGGUCAAAUAUUAGAAAAACUUGUGUAGACAAUAGAGGUCACAGUUUUCAUCCAAUCGUCAUGAAAUAUGGUCAGAAUGUUUGUCUUGAUGAAAUAUGGAUUGGGAAUUUUUUUUUUUGUCAUCUGGGAUCAAAAACUAGGUCACUAGGUCAAAUAAUAGAAAAACCUUGUGUAGACAAUAGAGGUCACAGUUUUCAUCAGGUCUUUAUACAAUUUGAUCAGAAUGUUUAUCUUGAUGAAAUCUGUGUUGGGAUUGUAUUUGGGUCACCUUGGGUCAAAAACUAGGUCAAAAGGGUCAAAUAUUAGAAAAACAUUGUGUAGACAAUAGAGGUCACAGUUUUCAUCCAAUCUUUAUGCAAUUUGGUCAGAAUGUUUAUCUUGAUGAAAACUGGGAUGGGAUUGUAUUUGGUGAGUCAGGUGAGCGAUUCAGGGCCAUCAUGGCCCUUUCAGGGCCAUCAUGGCCCUCUUGUUUGUUUUAAGAUUGCGAUAGUUUAGUACCGGAAUUUUGCAAAAGGUCUGCUGAAUCAAAUACAACAUUCUGGCACAAUUAUCGGAUGUAAUUUAUUAAAAUCCAUUAAUAAACGGUACAUAACUAACAAUACCUGCAGAUGAAAUGCGCUAAACAAAUCACUCUAAACGUUGUUCAAUGGUACUCUGAAUAUGCUUGCGAUAUAAACUCAUUUAAGUUAUAAUAUAUUUGCGUUUCCUUAACUGUCGGCUUAACACGCUGGCAAUUUAAGAAGAUCUUUAUCAUUAAGAUAUUUGCGAUAUUUUGGAGACAUUUGUGUCAAGUGCGUCUACAGCUGAUAUGAUAAAUACAAGUUCUGUUUUGAAGUGCGGGGACUUUUGAAUUACCGGUCUGCCACAUGUGUGUUAAAGAUUUGUCGAAAUUAAGGUGUUCCUAUUGUUCAAUAUAAAACGUGAUAUAUCGUCAACUGUGUUUUAGCCUUUUUUCUAUAAUGAAUAUAUGUAUACACGUUGAACGUUAAGUACAAACUAGCUGCGAACAAGUCCUUAAAUACGUUUACAUGUAUAUCAAACCAUGGAAGUGAGUGUUGAAAACUUUGCUGUUUUGAAAUAAAAUAUUGCUAGCAAU